CUACACAGAAACACGCACAUGACACAUCCUCUGUCUCUCUCUUUCUCUUUCUGAGUUCCUUUGAUGCAAGUUCCAUCCUUUUGGCUCUUACUGUCUCCCAAAGGACAUAACCAAAUCUGGGUAUCUUUCUCCUCUUUAUACUGGCCAUUUUUUACACCUGUUUCAGUGACAGAGUCUUCAGUUAUUACCCUCUGAUUGAAUGGGCCUUAACCUCUCUGUUUUUCUUCCAUGGCAAUGGGAAACUCUCUCUCUGCUUCUCUCUUCCUCAUCUUGAUCCUUCACAGGCCACCAAUUAACGCCCUCGAUCUCCUUCUCAUCUUUCUCCAUACCCUCUUAUAGCCAUAGAUUUAACCCUUCUUUUGCUUCUUAAAAAAAUCCCAUAUUUUAAAAGAAUUUUUUUUUUUAAAUAAAGAUUUUAUCUUUUUGUGAAUUCGAGCACCCUUUGGAGUUUUGAUGGCUUCGGUGUUUGUGUAUCACGUGGUGGGUGAUUUGACGGUGGGGAAGCCGGAGCUGGUGGAGUUUCAUGAGACUGAAACGGUGGAGUCUGCAAUUAGGGCAAUAGGGGAAUCCCCUGAGGGUAGCAUACCCAUUUGGAAGAAGAGGUCUCAUGUGGGUAUUGAGAAUAGUGAUAUGAGACAACAGAGAUUUGUUGGGAUCCUUAGUUCCUUCGACAUAGUUGCCUUUUUGGCUAAGAAUCAGUGUUUGGAGGAUCAGGAUAAGGCCUUGAAGACACCUGUUUCUGAGGUUGUUGUUCCUAAUAAUUCCCUCCUCAGGCUGGUUGACCCUGCAACAAGAUUGAUAGAUGCACUGGACAUGAUGAAACAAGGGUUGAAACGUCUACUUGUUCCAAAGAGUGUAGCAUGGAAAGGCAUGAGUAAGCGAUUUUCAGUUAUCUACUAUGGCAAGUGGCUCAAGAAUAAUGAAUCUCCUAGCAACAGCAGCAACAAUCUACCUGCAAACAUGAACCGGAGCCCUUCAUCUUCCAGUACUUCUAUCCGUGAUAAGUUCUGUUGCCUCUCUAGAGAAGAUGUUCUCCGUUUUAUCAUUGGUUGUCUUGGAGCUUUGGCUCCACUUCCUCUCACUUCCAUUGCUGCACUUGGAGCAAUUAAUUCAAACUACAGCUAUAUUGAAUCUUCUACACCAGCCAUCGAAGCAACUCAAAAGCUUCCUCAAGAUCCAAGUGCAGUUGCUGUUAUUGAAAACACAUCAGAUGGUCGGUGUAAGAUCAUUGGAGAGAUUUCUGCAUGUAAAUUAUGGAAAUGUGAUUACUUAGCUGCAGCAUGGGCUUUAGCCAAUCUCUCAGCUGGACAGUUUGUCAUGGGAGUUGAAGAUAAUGUUAACUCAAGGUCACUGCCUGAGUUCUGCAUGAAUUCAACGGCCGGAGAUAAUGAUUUAGUUAAUGGUGGUGGUUCAAGAAAACCAAGGAAAUUCAGUAGCAGGAGUAUUGGGUUCUUCAGCAAUUCUGGAAGCCAUGGCUUUGGUUCCAGGAGCAUGUAUAGGGGUAGAAGUGCACCUCUGACGUGUAAAAUUACAAGUUCAUUGGCUGCAGUCUUGGCUCAGUUACUAUCCCACAGGGCAACUCAUGUCUGGGUGACGGAGGAUGAGAAUGACGAUGUCUUGGUUGGCGUGAUUGGAUAUGCAGAUAUUUUAGCUGCUGUAACUAAACCACCUACAACCUUCAUCCCUGCAAAUAGAUCUACAGAGGGGUUUGGAAAUGAAAUUCAGUGUUGAAUUGUUAGCUUUAACUUUUUCAAUGAGUAUUGAGUACUCUUAGCAGUUUGUCUCUUUGGUGCUCAGUCAUCUCAUAAUACAUUAAGAGUGAAGUAGACUUGGUUGUUUGUUUGCACAAGUUUGUGUUAUAUUUAUUGAUAUAAGAGAAAGGAAUAAACAAUGUUUACAUGAAAUGAAUAGUUUCUAUCUUCAGU